UCAUCUGUAAGUGUAUAUAUUUUGCAUGUAAAAUAUAUAUUGCGAUUUGUUUUUUUCUGAAAUUGUUGUGAUCUCACUGUUUUCUCGGCAAAGGUGGGAUCAUUAUGAGAGUUUUUUUUACGAUUUUGUGCGUGUUUGAUCCUUGUUUAGAUCAGAGUAAUGGUUUAGAAUCUUUUGUCGGUUUCAUCCAUGUUUGAUUGUUUUCUCGCAAACAUGACACAUGAUUCAUGACAUUGAUGUAUGUGAACCGUAUUGAACUAGUUUUACCUCUAACUGGAAUGUGGUUCUCUCGGAUCACAGUAAAAUUGACACACAUUUUGCUCUGUUCUUGUGUGUGUUUCAUUCGAUAUAGUUUUCUCUAAAUUGACAUACAUUUUGCUCUGUUCUUAAUGGUUCUAAUCUCACUUUUAAAUAUUUUGUUCUCUGAUAGGUUUUAAACACAGUAGCGAGAACUUCUCUGCUUGAUGGUCCUCUCAAGCAACUCAACAAAGGUUCGUGUGGUCCUUCGCUUAGUUAGUGUAUUUAAUUUUUGAACAUUUAGUUUAGCCUUUGCUUAAUCUUGGUUCUUUUUUUGUGGAAGGAGGCUCUCGUAUAGCGCCAUUUACAGUGAAACGAGAUGCCAAUAACCACAGCAGAGACAACAACGAUGAGGUAAUGUGGCAUAACUUUACUUAGUUUUUAGGUUUAGUUUGCUUGAGUUGGUUGCACCGGUUUAAUGUAGGUUCAAUGCAAUGAUAGAUUUGAUGGAGUUGUAAUUCAAGUCUGAUAGAUUUGAGUCGCUUUUAAUGCUUUGUUAGAUAGGUUUGUAAUUUAAUGGAAUUAAGUCUGAUGGUGUUUGUUAGUUGGGUUGAUGUGAUUAACGUUUGGUGGUUGUGGUAGUAAAGGGACUUUAAUUCCCUUUUCAAAUCUAUCUAACUUGUUUCAACAAGUUAAAUCCUUAAUAAAAGCUGUCUAACUUGGUUCAACAAGUUAAUUCCUUCUUCUUUGUAUCUCCUUCUUCUUCGUAUUCCUUCUCCUUUGUAUCUCCUGCUUCUUGCUAUGGAUCCUUUUAGCCUAGAUUGUAGCUUUCAAAAUCUCUUAAACAACCAACACCGAAACACCUCCUUCUCCUUUGUGUCUGCUCAAAUCCCUAGUGUAGAACUCUCUGCCUCGGAUGAAGAGGUUGAGGCUGUGUCUGACCGCAAAGAGAGGCGCAAAUGGUCUCCAACAGAGGAUGUUGUGCUGAUAAGCGCAUGGCUGAACACCUCCAAAGAUGCAGUGGUCGGGAAUGAGCAGAAAGCAAUGGCCUUUUGGAAACGCAUUGCUGCAUACUUUGGUGCGAGUCCUAAGAUGGCUGGUAUGCAGAAGAGAGAGGGAAUGCACUAUAAACAGAGGUGGGCCAAGAUUAACGAGGGGGUAUGUAAGUUCGUUGGAUGUUAUGAAGCGGCAACAAAACAGAGAUCGAGUGGACAGAACGAGGAUGACGUUUUGAAGAUGGCUCACGAGAUUUUCUUCAAUGAUUACAAGUCCAAGUUCACCAUGGAGCACGCAUGGUUGGAGCUUCGCCAUGACCAGAAGUGGUGUGGAACACAAACUACAAAAGAUAAAGUUCAAUCCAAGAGGAGGAAGUUAGACGAUAUAUCGGCUCAGUCAUCAACUUCUGUUGCAGGAGAUGAUGAAGCAAUGGCUCGGGCAGAAGGUGUUAAAGCUGCAAAGGCUAGAGGAAAAAAAGGUGUGAGUAAGCCAGCGUCUCUGGAAGAAGAAGGAAAGGAGUUCAAGAGUAUCUGGGAGAUUAAACAGAGAGACUUUGAUUUGAAAGAUAAGCUUAACAAGCAGAAAUUGCUUGAUAGUCUAAUUGCCAAGACUGAGCCACUUUCGGAACUAGAAAUAGCUUUGAAAAAUAAGCUUAUAACCGACAUGUUGGCAAUCUAGUAUGAUGGUCUUUCUUUCUCUUUAGUAGCGGUUAAUGUUUCUCUUCAGUAGCGGUCUUUGUUUCUCUCUGUAUCAGUCUUUGAUGUUGUCUUGUUGUGUA